AUGGUCACGGCCUUCGGCAUAGCGGGUGAGGGGGAGCCGAGCUAUGAGCAAUUCGCCCAUCUGUACAGUGUGACGAGGGCGAAGAGCGCCGAUCAAGGGGGUGGGUGCAGUCGAACUGUCUGUUGGGGGCAGAGGGGGCACUUCGUAGUCGGGGUGCCGACCUCGCAAAAGACCUGGCGUCGGCGUCGGGUGUUGGUGUCCGGAGCUUGGGAAUCGGCGCCAGGAGUGAUUGUGGAGAGGCAUAUCCCCACUUCCUUCCAGACAGUCGGUAGGCCCAUAGGGUGCCGUUCGGCUAACAUGGAGAUGUGGCUUGGCAUGAAGUGGGCUAUCAAAGCGGCCGAAUGCGUCCAGAGGAAGUACGAGGAGGGCCAAGCCAAAAUUGCUGAGGCUGGGAAGCUACUCCAGCAUGCAGAUCGGCAUGUAGAGGAGAACGCUCCCAAGAUAGCCGAGCUAUCCCCCAGGUUAGCGGAGGCCGAAAAGGUGGCAGUGGAUGCCGAAGAGGCGAGGGCGAGGGCAGAGGCGGCGAAGGAGGCCGAGCGUCGGUCCUCGGGCGACGAAGUUGGAGGAGGCCAAGAAACAGGCCAUAGCUGA